AUGGGCAAGUCGCAGUCAAAACUCUCUCCAGAGCAGCUCGCAGACCUCCAAAAGAAUACUUACUUCGACAAGAAGGAGCUCCAGCAAUGGUACAAGGGAUUCAAGAAGGACUGUCCCUCGGGCCAUCUCGACAAGGCAGAGUUCAGCCGGAUAUACAAGCAAUUCUUCCCCUUCGGCGACCCCGCAGAGUUCGCUGACCACGUCUUCAACGUCUUCGAUGCCGACAAGAGCGGCCAGAUUGACUUCAAAGAGUUCAUCUGCGCCCUCUCCGUCACCAGCCGCGGUCAUCUCGAGGAAAAAUUGAAAUGGGCCUUCCAACUCUAUGACAUCGACAAAGAUGGCACCAUCACCUACGAUGAGAUGCUCCAGAUAGUGCAAUCUAUCUACAAGAUGACCGGCGAGAUGGUCAAGCUCCCUUCAGACGAGGACACCCCUGAGAAGCGUGUCGACAAGAUCUUCAGGAACAUGGACAAGGAUAAGGAUGCCAAACUCACCUACGAUGAGUUUGUAGAGGGCAGUAAGCAAGAUCCUACCAUCGUCCAGGCACUGUCACUAUACGAUGGGCUCGUAUAA